UCCUAAACUGCUCAACCUGGAAAUACCUGGGUACACCAUAGCUCGCAACAAUCGGAUAAAAUGGCGACAUGAUUUAUGAUUGUAUUAUGCAGCAUUCUUUACCACGGAGGUGGGCGCUGCAUCUUUUUCUGAAGAAAGAAGACGCAGGUAUCAAUCUGUUCAAAGGAGAGUUAAACAUACCAAUGAAUUUAGACUAGUGGUUCAAAACCGCUCAAAUGGCUCUGACCUCUAUGGGACUUAACCUAGAACUACUUAAACCUAACUAACCUAACGACAUCACACACACCCAUGCCCGAGGCAGGAUUUGAACCUGUGACCGUAGCAGGCGCGUGGUUCCGGAUUGAAGCGCCUAGAACCACUCGGCCACGGUGGCCGGUCAAGUUUAAUCGUGCCUACCCUGAGACAUUCACCGAGGAAACUGAUUUCUGCAUUAGAUGUACAUUGCUUCUGAUCAGGUGUCACGGAUCUGAGGAACUUGAGAUAAGGAGGAAGAAAAUUUUUCCUAGUUAGAGGUGCCACCAACUUGGAUUUAAAUAUAAGUCGUGUAACUUUAUGGCUGAAACAAGUUUGUUGCUUUGCCAAUUUUUUUGCUAUGACAUCAAUAAACCAUCUUUUGACUGAGAACGAUAACAUUUUUAGAAGGUGAAAGCAGUCUAUCGUAGCACCGCGCUGGUAGUCACAAACCUUAGGUGAUCGCAAAGCAGUACGGGCCCUUGUCAUUUUAAGGAAACUGGUGACGUUGCAAUUGAUUUAGGGUGGACAACACUUUCACAGCUGCUGUUUCAUACAGGUAUGCAUGCGCCUCGUACAAGUGUUGAGGGUGCAGUGUGAGGGCUGCUCAGUGGCACUGUGUUUCAGGACCACCCACCAUGUCGGCAGUUACGGAGGUUCAGAACAACACAACCGAGGCCCUGGCCGCCCUGGUAGAUGGGGGUGAAGACGCCCUGGUGACGCUGGUGGCGGGCGAGACGAGGGUGGCGGCUCACAGGGCCGUGUUGGCAGCCGCGAGCCCCGUGUUCGCAGCGAUGUUUGCGCACGACAUGCUGGAGGCCAGCUGCGGCCAGGUGAGCAUCGACGACGUGGAGGGCCCGGUGCUGAAGCUCCUGGUCGCCUACACGUAUACCCUGCAGGCCCCCCAGCUGCCCGACACGGCCGCCCAGCUGCUCUCGGCGGCCGACAAAUACGGCUUGUCGGCCCUGAAGGCUGCCUGCGAGCGCCAGCUGAUCUCUCAGUUGGCCGUCGAGACCGCAGCGGCGACGGCCGUCACGGCAGUGAGGCACUCGUGCCCGGACGCCACCAGGGCUGCCGUCGCCUUCAUAAAGGACCACCUGCAGGUGAUGGCCACGCGGGGCUGGGCGGACGCUGUGCUCGAGUACCCGCAAGAAGUCAUUGAAGUCAGCAGUAUGGUCGGAGGGCCACCAGCAGAAGACAGCUCGCCGACCGCCACAGGGGGCGGGCCCACCCCCAACUCUGACCGUCAACCCCACAGCGGCCACAGCCGGACUCCUGCUGCAGCUGCGCCUCCCACGUCUGCCAGACACACCCCUCCACCUGAUGACGCAGCCGUCUGUCGCUUCCGAAGUGGCACUCUGGAGUUCCCAGACACCCCGCCGCCCCCUGCAACGGAGCUGACGACACCAGAGGGGAGCGGCCGGCGCGCUCGGUCCAGGCCUCUCCAGAGGCGCCAGUUGGGCACAGCUGGUCGCGGCGGGCCUCCAACACGGCUGGAGUCGGAGAACUCCUCCCCACGAUUCAACCAUUUCGUUGCUCUCUGGACCUCUCUUACCAAGAGCUUCCUUCCGGUACCUUCAGGUGCUGACGCAUACGCAGGCAAACUGGCGUGGCGGCCUGCUCUCGACCAACAUCACCGGCAUCAGAGUUACGAGUGUGGGAGCGACCUCCAUCCAGGAUAAACGCCAGUGGGUCGUCAGCUGUCGUUUAUAAAGUGUUGGAACCAGUCAGUGGAGAGUGAAAGCUGCAUUCGACCGGGUUGGUGACACUUCGUCACGGAGACUACAGGAAUUGCACAGGGACGAUUAAGUUCUCUGUUGUUCCGCCGAAAUGUAAUGGAUAGAAGCACAAAACGGCCGGUUGGAUUUGUACAUGUAACAAAACUCGUAGGAGCAAUUCUAUCUGCUGAAGAGAUUUUUGAGACACUUGUUAUGACUUUGAAACUUAUAACCCUACUAGAUGAACCCUGGACAACAGUGAUUCCACUCUUGUCACAAUAGAAGAUUAUUUCGGCAGCGAAUUGCAGGGCUUUUUAGUCAUCUUUCCAGAGC